CUGAGCUCCAUCCCCACAUGUUGAUGCUGCCUUUCCAGUCACUGGGUGAGAAGCCACUUCGAGGCCGUGGUGGCUCCCGAGCAGCGGCAGGCCGGGCUCAGAGAGCCCUGGAUUUGCUCUGCCUCUAACAGUCUGGGGACCAAGAUGCCCAGAGAGUAGUCCACCUGUACCCUUCUAGGUACAUCCACCGGACACGUCCCCUUCCUUACUUGGCCUGGCCUGUUGAUGAGGGACACAUCCCACCACCACUCCUGAUGUCUGCCUGGUCAACCAUUGCUUCCUUGGAAAACGAGAGGAGGGUGGCAGACGUGUGAGAUCAUGUCACCGGCGGCUGCACUGCAGUGACUGGGCGAGGCCAGGUUGACGUCAAAGCCAGAGAAGGCUGAACCCUCUGCAGGCCAGCUCCCCAGUUCGCUCGGCAUAGCCUGAAGCCCAGCUCCUUCGGGUGAAGCCUUUCUGACUUGGUCCUUGUUGAUGUCUUCGGCCGAAGCCCCUGGGACAACAGGCACCAUGGAGGAACCUGUGUGUGGUGUUCAGCAGAUCCAACCCAAUGUCAUUUCCGUCCGCCUCUUCAAGCGCAAGGUGGGAGGGCUGGGGUUCCUGGUGAAGGAGCGUGUCAGCAAGCCCCCCGUGAUCAUCUCAGACCUGAUUCGUGGCGGGGCUGCCGAGCAGAGUGGUCUCAUCCAGGCUGGGGACAUCAUUCUCGCCGUCAACGGCAGACCCCUAGUGGACCUGAGCUAUGACAGUGCCCUGGAGGUGCUCAGGGGCAUCGCCUCCGAGACCCACGUGGUCCUCAUCCUGAGAGGCCCAGAGGGCUUCACCACACACCUGGAGACCACCUUCACCGGGGACGGGACCCCCAAGACCAUCCGUGUAACACAGCCCCUGGGCGCUCCAACCAAAGCUGUGGAUCUGUCGUACCAGCUGCCAGCCAGCAAGGAGCAGCCACGGGCAGUGGAUGGGGCCACGGUUCCCGGCAAUGGACCCCAACAUGCCCAAGCCAGCUCACCCUCCCACGCCAACGGCCUGGCCCCCAGAUCCUCAAGCCAGGACACUGCCAAGAAGGGUGGCAAGGGUGGCCCUCCGGGCAGCGGGGAGAAGAAUGAGCUUCUGAAAGAGAUCGAGCCAGUGUUGACCCUUCUCACCGGUGGGAGCAAAGAGGUCAAUGGAGGAGCUCCUGCUAAGGUGGAGACGAAAGACACGGGCGUCCAGGUAGACAGAGACUUGGAUGGCAAGUCACAUAAGCCCCUGCCUCUUGACACAGAGAAUGACCGAGUCCUCAGUAACCUGUGGGGGAAGGACAAUGCACCUGUUGUCCUCAACAACCCGUAUCCAGAAAAGGAGCAGCCACCUGCCUCAGGAAAGCAGUCCCCCACCAAGAAUGGCAGCCCCUCCAAGUGCCCCCGCUUCCUCAAGGUCAAGAACUGGGAGACAGACGUGGUCCUCACGGAUACCCUCCACCUUAAGAGCACACUGGAAACCGGGUGCACUGAGCACAUUUGCAUGGGAUCCAUCAUGUUGCCGUCUCAGCACACGCGGAGGCCUGAAGAUGUCCGCACAAAAGAACAGCUCUUCCCUCUUGCCAAGGAGUUCAUCGAUCAGUACUACUCAUCAAUUAAAAGAUCUGGCUCCAAAGCCCACAUGGACAGACUGGAAGAGGUAAAUAAAGAGAUUGAGGCCACCAGCACCUACCAGCUCAAAGACACAGAGCUCAUUUAUGGGGCCAAGCAUGCCUGGCGUAACGCCUCCCGCUGCGUGGGCAGAAUCCAGUGGUCCAAGCUGCAGGUGUUUGAUGCCCGCGACUGCACCACGGCUCACGGCAUGUUUAACUACAUCUGCAACCACAUCAAGUACGCCACCAACAAGGGGAACCUCAGGUCGGCCAUCACCAUAUUUCCCCAGAGGACAGACGGCAAGCAUGACUUCCGCGUCUGGAAUGCCCAGCUCAUCCGCUAUGCCGGCUACAAGCAACCCGAUGGCUCCAUCCUGGGGGACCCAGCCAACGUACAGUUCACAGAGAUCUGCAUCCAGCAGGGCUGGAAACCCCCGAGGGGCCGCUUCGACGUCUUGCCGCUCCUGCUGCAAGCCAACGGCAAUGACCCUGAGCUCUUCCAAAUCCCACCGGAACUGGUGCUGGAAGUGCCCAUCAGGCACCCCAAGUUCGAGUGGUUCAAGGACCUGGGGCUUAAGUGGUAUGGGCUCCCUGCUGUGUCCAAUAUGCUCCUGGAGAUUGGUGGCCUAGAGUUCAGCGCCUGUCCCUUUAGCGGCUGGUACAUGGGCACAGAGAUCGGCGUCCGUGACUACUGUGACAACUCCCGCUACAACAUUCUGGAGGAAGUGGCUAAGAAGAUGAACUUGGAUAUGAGGAAGACGUCCUCGCUGUGGAAGGACCAGGCACUGGUGGAGAUCAACAUUGCUGUUCUCUACAGCUUCCAGAGCGACAAAGUGACCAUCGUGGACCACCAUUCUGCCACUGAAUCCUUCAUCAAGCACAUGGAGAAUGAGUACCGCUGUCGAGGGGGCUGCCCCGCCGACUGGGUGUGGAUCGUGCCCCCCAUGUCUGGCAGCAUCACCCCUGUCUUCCACCAGGAGAUGCUCAACUAUCGGCUCACCCCCUGCUUUGAAUACCAGCCUGACCCUUGGAGCACCCAUGUGUGGAAAGGCACCAAUGGGACCCCUACGAAGCGGCGUGCCAUCGGCUUCAAGAAACUGGCAGAAGCCGUCAAGUUUUCAGCCAAGCUGAUGGGGCAAGCAAUGGCCAAGAGGGUCAAAGCAACCAUUCUGUAUGCCACAGAGACGGGCAAAUCACAAGCCUAUGCCAAAACUCUGUGUGAAAUCUUCAAGCAUGCCUUUGAUGCCAAGGUGAUGUCCAUGGAAGAAUAUGACAUUGUACAUCUGGAACAUGAAACUCUGGUCCUGGUAGUGACCAGCACCUUUGGCAAUGGAGACCCCCCUGAGAACGGAGAGAAAUUCGGCUGCGCUUUGAUGGAAAUGAGGCACCCCAACUCUGUGCAGGAGGAAAGGAAGUACCCGGAACCCUUGCGUUUCUUUCCCCGUAAAGGGCCUUCCCUCCCUCACGGCAACACUGAUGUCCCCCAUCUGGCUGCAGUCCGUGACAGUCAGUACAGGAGCUAUAAGGUCCGAUUCAAUAGUGUCUCCUCCUACUCAGACUCCCAUAAGUCAUCAGGUGAUGGCUCCGACGUCAGAGACAACUUUGAGAGUACUGGACCCCUGGCCAAUGUGAGGUUUUCUGUGUUUGGCCUGGGUUCACGGGCAUACCCUCACUUCUGUGCUUUCGGACAUGCUGUGGACACACUCCUGGAAGAGCUGGGAGGGGAGAGGAUCCUGAAGAUGAGAGAAGGAGAUGAGCUCUGUGGGCAGGAGGAGGCUUUCCGGACUUGGGCCAAGAAGGUCUUCAAGGCAGCUUGUGAUGUGUUCUGCGUGGGCGAUGACGUCAAUAUCGAGAAGGCAAACAAUUCCCUGAUCAGCAAUGACCGCAGCUGGAAGAGGAACAAGUUCCGCCUCACUUACGUGGCUGAAGCCCCCGGGCUUACACAAGGCCUUUCCAAUGUCCACAAAAAGCGAGUCUCUGCCGCGCGACUCCUCAGCCGCCAAAACCUGCAGAGUCCUAAAUCCAGCCGAGCCACUAUCUUUGUGCGCCUACACACCAACGGGAACCAGGAGCUGCAGUACCAACCUGGGGACCACCUCGGGGUCUUCCCAGGCAACCAUGAGGACCUCGUGAACGCCCUGAUCGAACGGCUGGAAGACGCGCCCCCUGCCAACCAGAUGGUCAAAGUGGAACUGCUGGAGGAGCGCAGCACCGCUCUAGGCGUCAUCAGUAACUGGAAGGACGAACCCCGCCUGCCCCCGUGCACCAUGUUCCAGGCCUUCAAGUACUACCUGGACAUCACCACGCCACCCACGCCCCUGCAGCUACAGCAGUUCGCCUCCCUGGCCACCAACGAGAAAGAGAAAGAGCGGCUGCUGGUCCUCAGCAAGGGUCUGCAGGAAUACGAGGAGUGGAAAUGGGGCAAGAACCCCACCAUCGUGGAGGUGCUAGAGGAAUUCCCAUCUAUCCAGAUGCCGGCCACCUUGCUCCUGACCCAGCUGUCCCUUCUGCAGCCUCGCUACUACUCCAUCAGCUCCUCCCCAGACAUGUACCCGGACGAGGUGCACCUCACGGUGGCCAUCGUGUCCUACCAUACCCGAGAUGGAAAAGGACCAAUUCAUCAUGGUGUGUGCUCCUCUUGGCUCAACCGGAUCCCUGCUGAUGAAGUGGUUCCCUGCUUUGUGAGAGGCGCACCCAGCUUCCACCUGCCCAGAAAUCCCCAAGUCCCCUGCAUCCUAGUGGGCCCGGGUACUGGCAUUGCGCCAUUCCGCAGCUUCUGGCAGCAGCGGCAGUUUGACAUCCAGCACAAAGGGAUGAACCCCUGCCCCAUGGUCCUAGUGUUCGGGUGCCGGCAGUCCAAGAUAGAUCAUAUCUACAGGGAGGAGACCCUGCAGGCCAAAAACAAGGGUGUCUUCAGAGAACUGUACACGGCCUACUCCCGGGAGCCCGACAAGCCAAAGAAGUACGUGCAGGACAUCCUGCAGGAGCAGCUGGCAGAGCCCGUGUACCGGGCCCUGAAGGAGCAGGGAGGCCACAUCUAUGUCUGCGGGGACGUGACCAUGGCCGCCGAUGUGCUCAAGGCUGUGCAGCGCAUCAUGACACAGCAGGGGAAGCUCUCGGCUGAGGACGCCGGCGUGUUCGUCAGCAGGCUGAAGGAUGACAACCGGUACCAUGAGGACAUUUUUGGAGUCACCCUGCGCACGUAUGAAGUGACCAACCGCCUUAGAUCCGAGUCCAUCGCCUUCAUCGAGGAGAGCAAAAAAGACACGGACGAGGUUUUCAGCUCCUAACAGGAUGCUCCUGCCCAGAGGUUCGGUGGGGCGCUGCCUCUCUUGCUCCAGCGGGGUGGCUGCAGGCUGUGCACGUAUGAACCCACACAGCUGACCCUGCCUCGGGCCCCCUCGGGGCCCGCGCUCUGCCUCUCGUCCAAUCACCAUCCCCUGGUGUCCUCCUCUGGGUUUUCGCCCUUCGGUGGUUUCUUCGGCCUUCCCGGAUUGUCUCAUUUCCAUCUGCCUGCUGCGUUGCGAUGCGUUUGUAAUCUGCAGUGGCUCUGACACAGCUGUUCCCCUCCUCGUGACCAGGGCGGCUUGCAGGUGCAUGAAACCACGGGGACAUCACCGCCGCCACCCCAUCCCAAUGGGUGACUCUGGAAUAGCCACAGGCCCCUUGGCUGCCCCAGUACCCUGCCUCCUCUUUUCCAGUGAUGACGUUUGGGUGGUGCAUGGUGUGCGUGUGAGAGCCUGGGGCUCUGUCUCACCUGGGCAGGUGCGUUAAUCUGAGUCUCCUGACAUCACAGCUCGACCCCUGGUGCCAGGAAAAGAUGCCCCUGUCCUGGGCGAUUCUUCCUGUGUGCCUGUGUAAGGAUUGUGCCAGUCUCCCUCAAAUGUUUGGAAACCCUCUGAUUGUCCUGUUGCAGGGAGAUGAGAGUGACAAAGGUGAUUAGCUUCCAAGGACAGGACAUGUCACAGAAUUGGGCGCAUUGAGGUUCUGACGCCAACUGGUGAUGCCCUUACUGGAACAUGAGCUCAUCAGUGGACUGGGCCAAACACCCCCCACCCCGCUCUCCAGGGU